AUGGCUCCACCUACGAAUUUAGUAAAGAUCAGCGCCAGUCAGUGCGCCCCCUCCUCCCUCUACACCACAUUACUUUUGACCUCGUGCGCUCUUUGCCCUGCCUUUGCCCCUCCUCAACUACCCUGGUUUUUCCCUCUUUCGAAUACCUCUUCCCCCCCCCACCCCCCAUUGGUUGGAUUGUUUGCCUCAAAGGCCGAGCAAGGAACUUCUGUGGACCGUGUUCAGGCCAUUGCCGCUUCUUCCGCAUUACUGGGCACUUCCAGCCGACGCGCGUCUCAGCCUGCCGAGAGCCCCGAACCGGCGCCGCGGCCCCAGGGAUUGCACAGCCCUGUUGUGCUUUUCCUUUGUGUCUUUGCUGUUUACACCUUUCUCUCGUUAUUCUCUCUCUCUAAUCUCUCUCUAACCAAUUUUGACUCUCACUCUCUUUACUCUCUUUACUCUCUUUACUCUCUUUACUCUCUUUACUCUCUUUACUCUCUUUACUCUCUUUACUCUCUUUACUCUCUAUCUAUCUCUCUUUGCUCUCUUUACUCUCUAUCUAUCUCUCUUUGCUCUCUUGGCUCUCUCUCUAACCAAUUCAUUUCUCUCCCCUCUAUCUCUCUCUCUCUGUGCCUUUGCUGUUUAUGCCUUUCUCUUUCUCUAACCUCUCGCUCUCUCUCUCUCUCGCUCUCUCUUUACGCUCUCUCUCUCUCUUUACGCUUUCUCUCUCUCUCUCGCUCUCUCUUUACGCUCUCUCUCUCUCUUUACGCUCUCUCUCUUUACGCUCUCUCUCUUUACUCUCUCUCUCUUUACGCUCUCUCGCUCUCUCUUUUUCUUGACGCUCUCUCUCUCUUAACACACUCUCUCUCCCUCUCUCUUUACGCUCUCUCUCUCUUUACGCUCUCUCUCUCUUUACGCUCUCUCUCUCUCUCUCUCUCUCUCUCUCUCUCACUCUCUCUCUUACAUUUUCUUGAUGUUGAUCUGCUCAUCAACGCACAUGUAACACGCGCAUCGCGCGCUCUCUCUCUCUCUCUCUCUCGUGAAACGGCGGCGGCGGGCGACCCUACCCGCCGACCUGAGCUGCUCAAGCAUCAUUUUUACAACUUGACUUUCGUCGACCUCUUUGCCGUCGUUUACGCCGGCUUUAUCUUGGAGGUGCAAGAAGUCAUGUCGAUUGGUUCGGAUGCCUUCCGCGACCGAGUAGCGGCGCUGACCGUUGACGAACUCCAGAAGCAGCUUGAAAAGCCAAAGCAAGACACUUGUGCCGCCGAUGACGGCUUUGAGGUCUUGAACGUGCCAGCUCCCGAAGAGGCCCCAAAAAACCGCGCUCCUACAACCAAGUCAUGUCACAGUUGCCACGAGCAACUCGAGAUUAUUGGCGGCCACCACACGUGCCGCUCCUGCAACGCAUCCCUCUGCCAGGGUUGCACACGAUACAUUCAGCUUGACCGGGCUUUUGCCGAGCAAUUGGAAAACGAUGUCGGUAUUCCCUUUUUCACGCGAUAUUUCACCUAUGCCCGCCGUGCCAUUUUUGAGAAGACCACUCGCGUCAAAAAAACGCCCAUUUGUGACCGCUGCAAGUCCAUCCUUGAUCAAGGUCCACGAGCAGAGGAGCAGGUUCUCGAGGCAGCCACCACGUUUCGGUUGGCGCUUUUGCCGCUUGAAGACCUCAUUUUUCUCCAGGAAGUAGACAGUACCUGGCGUCAAGCUGCAGAGCAGUGCAUCCAACAGCUGCUGACCGUGAACUAUCGCCUCCUUUCUGCCCACGGCCCCGAGGAUUUCUCGUGCGAAGAGCGCCAGCUUCUGAUGAGAAAUCGCUUUUAUUUGCGUGGACACCCGGAAUGGAUGGCAACAUUGCUUCGCGCAUUCGCCAAUUGCACGGCCCGACAGGAAAAGACGCUCCUCGAUCUCAUCAAUAUGACGCCAGAGGAGGCAAUGACACAGAUCACCGGCCAUUUCGGCCAGUCUCCUUCCAAUGUGACGUGUGACCAUUUGGGCUGCCAAGAGCGCUGUCAUGACCUUAUGUCAGAUUACGGCCAAUUACUGCCCCCAACAAUGGCCUUGACGCUUUUAAGUCCACUUGUGGGAAUGACCAGCCCAACUUUUCGCCAUUAUUGUCUCGAGUCACUCAAGUCGUUCUGGAAUGCUGAAAUGGGCCGCCAUAUCCUUACCCAGCUCGAGGCUAUUCUCAUGGUGCGCGGGAAUGCAGACGAAUUUCCUCCCAUCUGGGCAUUGCUUUUGGAUUGGGCAGAAGAGCUGGAGUCCUUUCGAACCGAUCUCUAUUGGCUGCUGCAGUGCAUGCUGGGUGAGCCAAGAAACACAUCACGAGCCUUGCGCAUGCUGUUGGACCUUUGCGGUAAAAUGAGCUGCGUGUAUAGUCCCAACUAUGGCCAUCUGUCAACUGAGAAUAUGACUCGGCCUUUGACAUGGGCGGCCAAUGUCCGGGAAGUCACUCGUGCUGGACUUGUCUAUGGAGCCGGUGCUGCUGGCUCGGGCAGCAUCGCGCGAAUGCGACAGAAAAUCAAUGAACAGCUGCAAGAUGGGCUGUACACGGUUCCGAUACCGCUCCCCUAUGAUCCCAACCAGCUACUCGGCGCCAUCCACGCCGAUGAUAUUCUGUGCCCUGGGGGGGUCAAGGGCAUGGUUCGCUUCAAAUUUGAUGUCGAGCCGAACCACGUGGUGCUGUCCACGCCCUCCUCGCGUUGCACCACUGCCACUACCCGCAGCCCAGCCUCGCGGCCUUGGCUGGAUGACAGGCCCAUCCCCGUCUUUUCACUUGCGGAUGCUUCGCCCGGCAUGAGAGGUGCUGCAGUUCAUCGACCAGUAGCGACCAGCCGACUUGAUCUGGAGGACGAGGAGGAUCCGACAUCCAUGGUCCAUAGCUUCAUUGCGCGCUCCGCCAACGAGUUGCAAAAGACGUUAGAGGACGUCAACGCGAAGCAACAGAUCCGCCAAGACCGCUUAAAGGCUGAAAUGACCGCGUCCUUGCUCGAAGCCAUCGAGGAUGGUGGUUCUGAUUCCGGCAGUGACUUUGAGGACUGCAACUUGGAGGACUUGGUGGAAAACACCGUGUCUACGACACCAGUCGCUUGUCCCCGAGGCUCGCGAGAUGCAACCCCAACUGGUGAAGCUGAGUGUAACAACGCGCCCACUCCUUCGAAAUCAAGCCCUGCACCGACAACGCCCCAUCUGAUUGAGGGCAAGGACGGUACUGCAAGCGAGGUACCCGCGAGCAACCUGCGGGCCGUGUCAGAACCCGAACACAGGCCGGGCAGUUCGCUUCCAAGCCAUCCCCAACCCCCAGUGACGCCGCCUGUGCCCUUGUUGCUCGAGAGGAGCGCGGUCUCUUAUAGCAGCCCGGCCAGCUUGGAAUCUCGCUCUUGGCGGGACCGUGCCGACUCCCGCACCUCGCAGGGGUCCCUCUUUUCCCGUGCCGACUCUGACGUUCGCCUCAACGAGGAUCGAUCGACUUGCUUCCUGGCUUACAAGCCAGACGAUGUCCGAAUCGAUGAUACGGUCAUGCGUACCAUUCGGCUCGUUGUGGAGCUGCUGCGAACCGACAAACGAUUUGAUGUCAAGGACUUUGAUGACGACGACAUUGUUACUUAUGGUGUGACACCCACCUCGAGUGAGGAUGGUUUUGUCGAGUGGAUUGACAAUGCCAAGACUUUGGGAUCACUCAUGGCUGAAGACCAGGGAUAUGCCUUUCAUACUUUUCGACAUCACGACCCGAACACUGCCGUGGGGCUGCUGAAACGCCGCCUGUGGAACAGCUUGGCCGUGUACGCUGCGUUGACCUACAUUCUGGGUCUCGGAGAUCGACACGGCGAUAACAUUCUCAUGACUCGGACUGGCAAGGUGUUCCAUGUCGAUUUUGGCUAUGUGUUGGGAGCGGAUCCCAAGCCUUGGCUGCGCCUGUCAGUGGCGGUGACAAAGAAGCUGCUGUGUGCCACGGGUGGGGCGGAAGUUCAGCAGGAAUUUCUGGAAUUGGCGGGCGACGUGUAUGUGGCCAUUCGGCGACAUCGCCACGUCAUCAUGGCUCAAAUGCUCGCCCUCACUCUAAAGCAGCCCACCAUCAACUCGCUACCUACGGCGACGUUGAUUGACCGCCACUUUGCAGAGCGACUUAUGCCCUAUGCCUCUGAAACCGAGGCUCGCGACAAAUAUCUCCAAAUUUUUCGGAAUGAGACGGAAAGCGCAUCUGCCCAGCUCCCCGCAAUGGCUGCGCGUACGACGCCUGCCCUGGCCGCCCGCUUUGGGGCUCUGGCUCAGACGCCUGCUCGUGUUGCCGUGCCGGCUUUUGUUCGUGCGUACGGCGGUGGUGCUGCUGUUCCAACCCAGAAGGAGCUCGAGGAGCGUUUCCAAUCAAUCUUCAGGCUAUACGACAAGAUUGACGAGAGCAAGCUCACGGCCCAGGCACACUUUGUCAAUGACUUGGGCUUGGACAGCCUGGACGUUGUCGAGGUUAUCUCUGUCUUUGAGGAAGAUCUUUCCUACGAUCUGCCCGACACCGAGGCCCUCAACAUCUUCUCGAUUGAGGAUGCCGCCAAGGCCUUCCUCAAGCACAUGUAAAGCCCUUCACUUGGCCACUGACUAUUCGUCUUGUAGUGGGUCUCUUUCCCCGCUCUGGCCCUUGAGCUGGGGCGGCGUUCCGUGUGGUGUUGCCUCCCCUAUUCCUGAUCGAGGAGCAGGCU